GCUGCGGGUGGCGCUCUUGCCUACGUAGGCUCUUAUGUGAUCAAGAGCUACAACAACUUUGACAACUUCCUGGAGGAUAAGUACACACUCAUCCCUGCAGCCAUCAUCAUCACUGUGGGAGUGGUGAUGUUCAUCAUCGGGACUGUGGGCUGCUGCGCCACCCUGAGAGAGUCCAAAGUGGGCCUGAGCUUUGUGAGUAUGAGCCUCCGACGCAACAGGGGGUUUCCCCUAUGUACAGAUCUAGGAUCAGCAUCACGUCCCCAAAUCUGAACUUUAACCAUUAGUGGGGAAAUUUCCAAAUUGACCCAAGAUCAGCGUCUAGGGGAAAUUUCACCCUACACCUGCCUCAGACAUUGUAGUGGUGGUUCCUGGUGGGUGAUGGUAAAAGGAGAGACUGGUGGUGCCAGCCAUCCAGGACUUUCAUAAGCACACUUUGUGUCCCAAAUGGUACCCUAUUCCCAUAUGUAGUGCACUACUUUUGACCGGGGCUCAUAGGUCUCUGGUCAAAUGUAGUGCAUUCAGUACAUAGGGUAGGGCGCCAUUUGGGACACACUGUAAGCACUAAGGAUCUCUGUGUUUGGUAAGUCCUGCUGCACCACUUGUUCUCGGCCUCCUUGCUGACAGUCGUCUGGUCUGCCCAUCCCUUUCCAGUUCCUGAUGAUCCUCCUGGCCGUCUUUGCAGCAGAGGUCGCUGCCCUAGUGUUUGCGUUCAUUUACCGAGGCAGGGUGAGUGAACACCACAUUUGGACACAUUUUCACCACAUGUAUUUAAUGUAUUAAAUGCUACGAUCAUAUACUGUGUAUUUAAUGCUUGCAGGUACAAUAAUUAAGUACACAGAUGCAUUUUGUUUUGUAUAUCUUUACAGAUUAAAGGUGACUUGGAGCGGUCAAUGAGCGAUGUGUUCCAGAAGUAUGAUGGUGAGAACGCUGAUACCCGGGCUGUGGAUUAUCUGCAGUCUCAGGUCAGUGCCACUUUUCCUUUAUUGACAAGUGUGAAUUCCCCUGAUAACCAGUAUGAUGCCAAGCAGGGGCUUACUAGGUUUGAAACCGAGAGACUCACUGUGCGAUUACUUCCUGUGUAUACACAGGCCUACCUUGUGGCCAACUGUACCACUCUCCCAUUGACGGUCUUUGUCGUGGGCGUUAGAGGAAGUAAUCACUUGUUGAGUUUCUCUGUUUCAAACUUAUUUGGCGCUAACACGCACUGGCUCACACAGAGAUGGGAUGAUACUGAACAUUAGGCUUUUUGUCAGCUUGGAGCUGUGAACAAGUGUUCUUCUCUCUGUAUACAGUUGCAGUGCUGUGGAGUGCAGACCUACAUGAACUGGACCACCACCCCCUGGUUCAGCAGCAGUAACAACACUGUGCCCAUCUCCUGUUGUAAAGGGAACAACACCGAGUGCACAGGCACCCUGGACCAGCCAGUCCUGCUCAAUACUCAGGUAUGGACCCAAUUCAGUCAAUGUCUAACUUCUAGUUUCUGUAUUUGUAUUUGACACAAUGGUUUAAAGUGUAAUGCCAUUACUCUCUGACCAGUAUAUACUGUAUGUGUGUGUGUGUCGCUCCAGGGUUGUGAGGGUAAGCUGGAACAGCUCCUUCAGGAUGUGAUGAGCUAUGCCAUGCUGGUCAUCCUUGGCUUUGCCAUCAUCAAGGUACUGUACCUGACUGUCCUCUGACUUUAUUAUGGUCAUUUCCAUUAUUAGACAUUGCUCUGGUGUUUGGCCUAAAGAUGAAGGCUUUUGUGUUUCCAUCUCUGAGGCCGGGCCCCAAAAAAGCUACGAAAAAGUCCAAAAGUAUUAGCCCGUGGACCUACCCUGACUUGGGUAUAGUGGAACCUUUUGGUGCCAGACAAUUUACUCUGAAUUUCACUGAAUAUCUGUCCUUUUCUUUCAGUUUUUCGGGAUGCUUAGUGUGUGUGUGAUCACCUGUAAAAGUGUCAGGCGAACUGGCUACCAGGCCCUGUAU